UCUAGUGUUUGCUGCCAGGUUGUCAUUUACAGAGAAAUCACACCGCAAUAUCCGAGCGAGUUUAGCGGCUUCAAACCGGCGAUUUUUAGCGAGAUCUCGGUCGAGAUGAGUCGGUAUUUUCUUGAGAUGGCGCCGGCGAUGUCCGAGGCACAGCUAAAAGGUUUGGACGAGCACAAAUACUCGGCAGCGGGGACCUCGGCCGUUGAACCCGUGAUGCAGGUGUACUGGCGAUGGCUGGUGGAGAAAGUUCCGCUGUGGGUGGCGCCGAACCUGAUCACACUGGUCGGACUUAUCAUCAACGUGGUGACAUCACUGCUGCUCAUGUACUACUCACCUACAGCCAGGGAACAGGCCCCUGCGUGGGUGUACAUGUCGUGUGCGGUGGGGUUGUUCCUGUACCAGUCCCUUGACGCGAUAGACGGGAAGCAGGCCCGCCGGACAGGCAGCAGCACGCCGCUGGGGGAACUGUUCGACCACGGCUGCGACUCCAUAUCUACAGUGUUUGUGGGAGUGGCUACAUGCUGUGCCAUGACUAUGGGAGACAGUCCGGAUCUGAUGUUCAUCACUUUCUUCAACGCAGUUUUCGUGUUCUACUGCGCACACUGGCAGACAUACGUGUCAGGGACGCUCAAGUUUGGCUAUUUUGAUGUGACAGAAACUCAGUUUGGCGUGAUAAUGCUGUUCUUAAUGAGCAUGGUCCUGGGCAAAGAGUUCUGGGGCAUGCAGGUACCCCUGGUGGGUUUGUCAGUCCGAGUCGUCGCAGUGAUCGGUUCCACGUCCCUGUCCACGUGGACGGUCUGGGGGAACUUCCAGACCAUCCUGAAGGGCGGCGCUGGGAAAAACGGAUCCACAGUAGCAGGUACGAGUGUCCUGUCGCCCGGGUUCCCAAUCCUGUUUCCUAUCGUCCUGGCGCUGAUGAUAUACAAGAAGUCAUCCAUGGACCUGUUCCAGGACCACCCCUGCCUAUACCUGCUCAUGUUCGGCAUGGCCAUUGGCAAAAUCACCAACAAACUUGUAGUUGCACAUAUGACAAAAAGUGAGAUGACGAUGUUUGACUCGUCCAUGAUCGGGCCGGGACUGCUGUUCCUGGACCAGUACUUCAACAGCUUCAUCAAUGAGUACAUCGUCCUCUGGAUAAGUUUGAUAUUCGUGACCUUUGACCUGGUGCAGUACUGUUUCCUGGUGUGUCUCCAGAUCUGUGACCAUCUGGACAUUUACUGUUUCAACAUCACCAGUAAACCCUCAAAAAAGGGGAUGAACAGCGGAAAUAUGAGCAAGACAAAGCUGUUUCCGUCCUGGCCCACUGCAAUCCCAGUUCUCAGUAAAUUAUAUACCCAGAGGUUUGUGACCAAACUUCCCUCGGUGGCACAGGGGUUAAGGUCACACCAGUAUGAUUGGAUUGUCUGUUGGAUGUCAAUCAGACAAAUAAUUUAGAAUAGGAGGCGGAUAAAAAGUAAAACUGUAGAAGGUUUAAGGAACAAGUUAAGCGUUCAUUUGCACACAAUGUUUAAUUUGGUUGAUAGAGGUGAUUGCAUUCCUGAUACACUGCUGAAAAUUUAUUUCUUUUCUUAAAGACUCCACAUGAUGUUGUACAUUUGCAAUGUUAUGUGCAUGCAUAUUUUAAUUUUCCUUCUUACAAAUCUGUUUCAAGCAGGCUUGUGUAGAAAACAACCAAUCACAUUGGUGUGGCCUGAACUACAUGGUCAUAAAAAAACUCCCUAACAGUAGUGGUAACAUGUCUAACUACAUUGUGUGACUUCAUACAUUCAUAAUUCAUUAAACUGCGCCCAUCACCACGGUGU